AAAUAGCUCACAGCCACCCCAACCGCGUCUCCAUAGGCUCAUGUACCUCGGCGCGCUUUCCACUUCUAAUUCAUUCAUCGAGAUAAGCACAUGGCUGUCAUCAAUUUCUUUGCCCGCUCGCGCCAGCUCCCAUGGAAAGAAACUCUCAUAACCUAUUUCGACGAAAUUAGUGAUACAGGCCCGGAUUCAGCACCAUUUCGCAGCGGUGUCUGGCCUCCUGACGUCCCCGCCCAUCCCUUAGGCCUAGACGACGAUAUAUUCGAAGGUGAGCAUCCCCAUACCUUCUACUUUUGUUUAAACGGCGGAACAGAUCGAAACUUGGUCAUGAGUGGCUCCCGUAUAGACAAACCUAUGGAAAACAUCAAAGAGUCCGUCUUCGACCGGAGAUACUGGCCCAAAACCGCGCCUCAUUCGUGGCCAGCCAAUCGAACAUACCUCGACCAUCCGCAGAAUGUCCGCAACGCGACAGUCGGCAUCCUUGCUAACCAAGCAGAUGAUUUUUUGAUCUGCGGCGAUUGUGAUAAUACUUUUGUUGACACCACCACUGACGAUACAGGUUGCACGUGCGUCUCAUGGCAUGUUGAGUAUCCGUGUGUUCAGGUGCGCGAGUACCCCCCUUAUCCCAGCGCUCCUAGCCUGCUUAACAAGGGCGUUAUGGCUAUGCAAGCAUUCGCAAAAGACGAAAUUAUCGGGGAGUACGUCGGUCUGUUAUUGCCGCCAGGCAGAGCUGAUCCAUCAAUAAGAAAGAACGUCUUUGCAGAUGACGUCUAUACAAUAGACCUCAACGCAGCAGUGAUUGUCACCGUGAAAGGUGAGGAGACGUCGAUGCCUGGCAACAAGAUAGCUGAUGUUUCGGCGGGGUGGAAAGGGAACUGGACGCGGUUUAUUAACACGUCGCCACGGAAGGGAAACUGGAAUAUCGAGUUCGAACAGAGACUAGUUGCUGACAAGAUCAGGAUUCUGGUGCGCACGAUUCGGGAUAUUGCAUUUGGAGAGGAGCUGAUAGCGUCGUAUGGGACCGGUUAUAUGAGGACUCUUUUCGGGGAUAACUUAGGGCUUCCUGAUAUGAAUUAGGGUAGGGACUGACUGGAAACAGCUGGCUGUUUUGACCGACUUGUAUAAUAAGAUAGAUUGUAUUGGUGUUUUGGCAAUCUUGUAUACUUUAAUAACUCAUAUUUUGUAUAUUUUACCUGUAAAUAACGCC